GUACCUUACAAGUAUCCUCUUGCAAGCUGUUCAAAUGCUUCUCUUCUUCCUGCCCUUGGUGAAGCGGUAUUUGCGAGUUGAAGACGCCGAAUGUCCAAGUACACCCCGGUUGUUUUUGCGUGUUGUUAUGUUGCUCUCUUCGGACCCCGACAAAGGCUGUGCAUGCUAAAUUGGACAUGUGUUGCUCCAGAGGGCUCCGAGGGGACUUUUGCCUUGUUCAGGUUAUGCAUGCUGGAAGGCUGUCCAAGCGACUGCCAAUCCCCUCGGCACACUACCCUGCAGGGAAAAAUCCUAGCGGUGUACAAGUUUUGGAGCAAUGAGCUCUCGGAGGGCGUCUCCAGGUGUGAACGGUGCAUGGGAAGUGGGAGCCAAUGGUGCCGCGCUUAUCGGGAGAUAUUAAAUAAUGCCGAUCCGUGUCACGGUCGGCUGGGCCGUCUUACAGGCGGGAGCAAAUGCCACCCAACCCGAGACCUUCUCGGUUGCCGUUCGGGAGAUAGCAGUUCGUAGACGAUUAUCUCUUUCCUCAAGUCCAUAUUCCUUGGCACGCAUUCAACUAAGUGCACAUCGUCGCGACAGGCAUAUCCGUAUACAAGUCCAUUGUAAAGCAGAAGAGUCUUUGCCAGACACGGUAGUACAACACAAGCCCGCUCGAAUUUGUCUUUCGUCAU